UUCACAAAGAAAGUAUAAAACCUGAAAACACAUUUGCAGAGUGUGAAAAUAAUUUUAACACGAUCUCGGAAAAAAUGGGACGAACUGAACUAAUCACUUCUUCUGAUUAUGAAACAUGCAACCUAUCUGAAAGAGAAUGUGACCUUGCAAAUAAAUUAAGCACUCCAAAUGAAAAUUUCCCUGUCAAACAAGAGGAAUUGUGUAAACAUGAAGCAUCAAUAAAAGAAACUGACAAUAACAGUAAUGAUUCAGUGUAUACUAAUAACUCAGUAGAAGCUAUACCCAAAGAUAAAGGUUCAAUACAUAAUAUCAGAAGUUCAUCAAUGGAUUGUCAGCGUAUUAAGAAGAAAGACCGAAUCAAUAGCAAAAAUUACAGAAAGUAUAGCAAACUCUUAAAACGAACUAUUAUUAUUUCAAAACGGAUCAGUUUAAAUAAUUCUAAUCUGAGUACACCUCCUAACACAAUUGUCAAAUAUUGUGUAACCGAGGGAACGUCUGCUGUGGAAUUCAAUAACAAUUCAAAUAAUUAUAAAAACGAUUCUAUACCAUUUAACAAUUAUUCUGACAAAGAAUCCAGUGACUCAUGUGAAUACGAAUGUCAGAGACAAUGUAGAGAAAACGUAAUUCUGAGAAAGCUUAAUUCUGUGUUUGGAAGUGAAGAGGUUUCAGUGUCAGCUUCAACUGAUACCUAUGGACUUGAAAGGGACUUUUUGUCUCUUAAUGAAUCGGGAAGUUCUUCAAUGGCUCAAAAAUUUGUGGAAGCAAAACCUUGGCCAAUACUGAAGAAGAAUUAUUUCAACAACAAACCAAAUACCAAGAACAAGGGCGUCUGUAUCUUUCCGUCAUUGGAGCUCCAAAUACGACAAGCGGUCCAGUCUAUAUCGUUACAAACGAGCUCUACAAUUACUCCAAAAAAAAAAUCGGUUGCUCACGAAAAUAAAGCUUUAGUGAAACUGCAAGAUGAAGUGAAAAAGCUAUUGGACAUGCCAAUAUUGCAACCACAACCAGUUUCCACAGGAGGACACGAUGCUAAAGAAUCUUUAAAAAAGAGACCAAAGAAUAAAUUGGAAUUGGAGUUAAAAGAAACAUCUGAAGAAUCCUUCCAGCAAAUUCGUAGAGAUGUGAAAAGCGUAGACAAAGAAGCAUGGUGCAGUUUCACGAGAGAAGCCGUAGAAUCUUUAAUAAAGGACUUGCAUCACCUCUCCGUGAUGAGACCGCUUGAGGAAGGAACAGAAGAACCUAAGAAGACUAUUGAUAAUAUUGAAAAAAAUGUUAAUAGUCCCAAAAUCAUUACUUCGAAAUGCAGUUGCGAUGCCCUAAAAGUGGGUUUCCUCGGUGUACGCAAGGUGUCUGACCACACAGUGCUUGUUAAGUGGAAUGUGCCGCGGAAACUCGACAAGGUUCAUGGAUAUGAGUUACUGGUAGAUGGGCGGGCAGUACAAAAAAUCCUCAGCCCGACCAAAUCCAUGGCCGUUGUGACGUGCUUACCGCAUACCGAUAAAGUGUUGUUAACUAUUCGUACCAUUACCUCCAGCGUGUUUGUAACAGGACACUAUCCCGCCACAACCAUUGUCUACCAACCCCGAGCUAAAUAAACAAUUUUAUGAACUUA